AUGUUCGGACCCGCCUCGAUGCACGACAAACAUGCUUCGUCUGACAAUGACAACAUUUUGGACGUGCUUGAUUUGCCGCAACUAUACACCAAACCUUCCGGAGAAGCUCUACUUUUGACGCUUGACAAUUUGAAGUCAGGACCUGCAUCAUGGCAGCCAAAAGGUGAUGGCUCUGAUGCCGAACAUCCAGCGCUUCCCAAUGGGAAAAUCAAAGUUCGAAGUCAAGGCCUUCCCAGUUACCUGACAAAGAUAAUUUCGAGCUCGCUGGACUGGAUCGAAGACGAUGCCAUAAGGGAGCUGGUAUGGGAGAGCGCGGCUAAAUGCUUGAGUGAACGGAGUGGGAGAACAGCGCUGGGCUCGAUCACCAGAAGUUUUUCGAUACCAACAAAUGUUCCGGAAGCUCAUGGCGCCGCAGUGGCCGCGACUUUCAAUCCAGCCUCGGCUGAAGCCAGCUGCGCAUUAAACAUUGUGCUGCAUGAACCUGCCUUCACUGCAGAUAACGUGGGAUUCAAGACCUGGGCGUCAUCGCAUCUACUUGCGCGUCGAUUAGUCAUCCUGAAAGACAUGCUGCCUCAAUUGCCAACAGACUCCGUUGUUUUGGAGCUUGGUGCCGGAACAGGAUUGGUUGGUCUUGCAGCUGCAGCAAUUUUGCGACGUAGAGUGCUGCUCACUGAUCUCCCCGAAAUCAUACCUAAUCUAGAGCGCAACAUUAAAAGCAAUAAAGGAAUGCUCGACGCCAGUGGAAUCAACGCUCACGCAGCUGUGCUAGAUUGGACCGAGCCAAAUUCUUUGAGCACAGAAGAAAUAGAUGUCAGCAGCGGCUUUCUGCUUAUACUAGCAGCGGACACUGUGUAUACGUCAGAACAGCCCGCUCUGUUGACACAGACAAUCAAACAUCAUUUGAGCCAUGAUGUACGAGCUCGUGCUGUCAUCACGGUUCCGCAACGGGAAGGGUUCGAUGCAGAAGUUCAGGACUUUCGAGCCCGAAUGGGCGCAGCUGGACUGCUCAUCAUUGCUGAAGGCGAGGACUCGGGCUAUGAUGACUGGGGAAUUGCACAGUCCGUUGGAAACGAAGAUGGCCUGGCCCAAGUCACAUGUGUUUGGAGUAUCUGGGCAUGGCAGUGA